AUGGUGUCGCUACUCCUGCCGCAGUCUGACGUCACGCUGCUGGGCCCCACCAGACUGGAGGGCGAGCCCCAAGGGGACCACAUGCAGGCACCGGGCCUCCCAGGCUCCCCUGCCCCACAGAACAAGCAUGCCGGCUUCAGCUGCUCAUCAUUCGUGCCCGAUGGCCCUCCAGAGAGGGCACCCUCACUGCCUCCACACAGCCCCUGCGCCGCGUCACCAGGUCCCGAGCAGGUCCACUGCCCAGCUGGCCCUGGCCUGGGCCCCUUCCGGCUCUCACCCUCAGACAAGUACCCCGGCUUCGGCUUUGAGGAGGGCCCGGCAAGCAGCCCCGGGCGCUUCCUCAAGGGCAGCCACGUGCCCUUCCACCCAUACCAGCGGCAUUUCCAUGACGAUGUCUUCCCUGAGGCCCAGACCGCCUUGGCCCUCGCUGGACACUCCUUUAAGACCCCAGGGGCGCUGGAGGCCUUCGAGGAGAUCCCCACGGAUGUGGGGGAGCGUGAGGCCUUCCUGUCCGGCUUCCCAGCAGAGGCCUGGUGCAACGGGCUCCCCUACCCCAGCCGGGAGCACAGCCCCCAAGUCCUGGGGUCAGAAGUCAAGGUCAAGCCCCCACCUCUGGAGAGUGGUCCAGGGAUGUACUGUUACCAGCCCCCCUUGCAGCAUAUGUACUGUCCUUCCCAGCCCCCCUUCCACCAGUACUCACCAGGUGGCAGCAGCUACCCUGUACCCUACCUGGGCUCCUCACACUAUCCAUACCAGCGGAUUGCACCCCAGGCCAGCACCGAUGGGCACCAGCCUCUCUUCCCAAAACCCAUUUACUCCUACAGCAUCCUCAUCUUCAUGGCCCUGAAGAACAGUAAAACUGGGAGCCUUCCCGUCAGCGAGAUCUACAAUUUUAUGACGGAGCACUUUCCUUACUUCAAGACGGCGCCUGAUGGCUGGAAGAAUUCUGUCCGCCACAACCUGUCUCUUAACAAGUGCUUCGAGAAGGUAGAGAACAAAUCAGGCAGUUCCUCUCGCAAGGGCUGCCUGUGGGCCCUCAAUCCAGCCAAGAUCGACAAGAUGCAGGAGGAGCUGCAGAAGUGGAAGAGGAAAGACCCCAUUGCCGUGCGCAAAAGCAUGGCCAAGCCAGAAGAGCUGGACAGCCUCAUUGGAGACAAGAGGGAGAAGCUGGGUUCCCCACUGCUCGGCUGCCCGCCCCCUGGGCUGGCAGGCUCAGGCCCCAUCCGGCCCCUGGCACCUCCAGCCGGGUUCUCCCAGCCGCUGCACUCAAUCCACCCAGCUCCGGGCCCCAUUCCUGGCAAGAAUCCCCUGCAGGACCUACUUGGGGGGCACGCACCCUCCUGCUAUGGGCAGACAUAUUCGCACCUCUCACCGGGCCUGGCCCCUCCCGGACCUCCGCAGCCGUUGUUCCCACAGCCAGAUGGGCACCUUGAGCUGCGGGCCCAGCCGGGCACCCCCCAGGACUCGCCUCUGCCUGCCCACACCCCACCCAGCCACAGUGCCAAGCUGCUGGCUGAACCUUCCCCAGCCAGGACCAUACAUGAAACCCUGUUGCCAGACGGAGACCUUGGCACUGACCUGGAUGCCAUCAAUCCCUCUCUCACUGACUUCGACUUUCAGGGAAACCUGUGGGAACAGCUGAAGGAUGACAGCUUGGCCCUUGACCCCUUGGUACUGGUGACCUCACCCCUGACGUCAUCUUCAAUGCCGCCGCCCCAUCCCCCAUCCCCAUCCCGCUGCUUCCCCCCUGGGCCCUGUCUGGCAGAGACAGGCAGUGGGGCAGGCGACUUGACACCACCAGGCAAUGGGGGCUCCGGGGCAGUAGGGGACCUGCAUCUCACCACCCUCUACUCAGCCUUCAUGGAGCUGGAACCCACGGCCCCUGCUGGCCCCUGUGUGUACCUCAGCCCCAGCUCCAAGCCCAUGGCCCUAGCAUGAGCUAUGCCCAGCAGCUGCUCCAGCCUUUGCCUGGCCUGGAAGUCCCAGCUGGCCGCCCAUGUCGGGCUCACCUUAAAG